CCGGGGCAGCGCCCGCUCCCCGGGGCCGGCGGGCGCGUUCCCGUGCGGGCGGACCCCGCGCCCGGGGCGCGCUCCCGGGCGGCUGCGCGCGCCGCCGCGCUCCGGAGCGGCGCAGUGUCGGGAGCGAGGAUUGGCUGGGCACUGCUGCAGUGGGGACGCAGCCCGGGCGCUCGGCAUCGCCCGGCACCGCCGCUCGCCUGCGAUGAGCCGGGACGCGCAGCUCGGGUGGCGGCUCUGAGAGGCUCCUUUCGGAGAGGUUCAUCUUUAGCUUUCCUCCGAAGCGCGGCGUCUCGGCUUCUCCGUGCCAGGGGGCUUGUGCUUUGUCUGUUGCCAUCAGAUUUCUGAGGCUCUGGUACAAUGAGCUGCUUGUCAGGCCAGGCACGACUGCAGUAGCAGCAAUUUCAAAAGGCAGGAAGCGUCCGCAGGAGCGGUCUGUAAAGAAUCGGAGCCGGUGGAGUCGCUGGGUUGAAGCUCCCGCUGGCUGCCGUGCCGAUUCCCGUCUUGGGGGUGCUUGGUAGUGCAGUCACAUCAUCCUUGGCAGCGGGCAGCUCCUGAGCGCUCAGGGUUUCCCUGCCUGGGAUGCUCGCUGGAGCAGCAAUGCUGCAGACCCUGUGGCAUUUUCUGUCUAGCUUCCUUCCCAGGGCCAUAUGCCAAGGUCCUGCAGAUGAAAAAGAGGAUGAGGCCAGAAACACCACCCCACUUCCAGGCCCCGGGGAGAAAGGGCCAAAGGUGUUGGGGAAGACACAGGACAGAGGGACUGAUCCCACUGAAAGGAGACCAACUAUCCUACUGGUGGUUGGACCCGCAGAGCAUUUUCCAAAGAAAAUUGUGAAGGCUGGAGACAAAGACCUGGAUGGACAGCUGGAUUUUGAGGAAUUUGUUCACUAUCUCCAAGACCAUGAAAAGAAGCUGAGACUAGUUUUCAAGAGUUUGGAUAAAAAGAAUGAUGGCCGCAUCGAUGCCCAGGAGAUUGUCCAGUCUCUCCGGGACCUGGGAGUCAAGAUCUCUGAACAGCAGGCAGAGAAAAUACUGAAGAGAAUAAGGACGGGACACUUCUGGGGUCCUGUCACCUACAUGGAUAAAAAUGGGACAAUGACAAUUGAUUGGAAUGAGUGGAGAGACUAUCACCUGCUGCACCCCGUGGAGAACAUUCCCGAAAUCAUCUUGUACUGGAAGCACUCCACGAUCUUCGAUGUAGGAGAGAAUUUGACUGUCCCUGAUGAGUUCACAGUGGAAGAGAGGCAGACAGGGAUGUGGUGGAGACAUCUGGUUGCAGGUGGAGGUGCAGGUGCCGUGUCCAGAACCUGCACAGCUCCCUUGGACCGUUUGAAAGUGCUCAUGCAGGUUCACGCCUCGCGCAGUAACAACAUGUGCAUCAUCGGCGGCUUCACCCAGAUGAUCCGCGAGGGUGGCCCCAGGUCACUGUGGAGAGGGAACGGCAUCAACGUGCUGAAGAUUGCACCCGAGUCAGCCAUCAAGUUCAUGGCCUACGAGCAGAUCAAGCGGUUCAUUGGUACUGACCAGGAAAUGCUGAGGAUCCACGAGCGGCUCUUGGCUGGUUCUCUGGCUGGGGCCAUCGCACAGAGCAGCAUCUACCCCAUGGAGGUUCUGAAAACACGGAUGGCUCUAAGGAAGACGGGACAAUAUUCAGGCAUGCUGGAUUGUGCCAAAAACAUCCUUGCAAAGGAAGGAAUGGCUGCCUUCUACAAAGGCUACAUCCCCAACAUGUUGGGAAUCAUUCCAUACGCUGGUAUUGACCUGGCAGUCUAUGAGACACUAAAAAAUACCUGGUUGCAACGCUACGCUGUCAACAGCGCUGACCCGGGGGUCUUUGUUCUGCUGGCCUGUGGCACCAUCUCCAGCACCUGUGGGCAGCUUGCCAGUUACCCGCUGGCCCUUGUGAGGACACGCAUGCAGGCCCAAGCUUCAGUGGAGGGUGCUCCUGAAGUGACCAUGAGGGGACUGUUCAAACACAUUCUAAAGACAGAGGGAGCGUUUGGGCUUUACCGGGGUCUGGCGCCCAACUUCAUGAAGGUGAUCCCAGCUGUGAGCAUCAGCUACGUGGUGUAUGAGAACUUGAAGAUGACUCUGGGUGUGGACUCACGGUGACCAGGAGAUGCUGAGGACUCGGAACUCUGAAAUCUUGGGAUGCAAUCCCAAGACAUAUAAGCCAUCUCUCAUUCUGUGAAUGUGUCGACACUAAGCUGACUAAGCAAAGCUGUGAAAUCUCAGAUUGUGAGUCAGUAAGGAAGGGGGAGGGGAGGAUCUGGUGUCCUUUGCCAUCUUGCUACUCAGAGCUCCACAUAAACCAUCACGGGGUCCUUUUUGUUGGGCCUUUUGGGAGACCAGGAGCUGAACUCCUGGGAGAUCUUAAGGUGGGAGUUGCUGAGGUCAGUUCCCAGCAGUAUGACAGAGUAGCAACGAUUUGGGUUACAGGUCUGCUCUCAGCGUGUUGCCUGUACAGAGCUGUUUGCCUACAGAUGAGCACCUUCUGACUUGCUGAAAGAGCUUCUUUUUCCAUUCAGAGAGCUGCUUUUUCCAUUCAGUUGUUUAACUUCCUGCCCAUUGUUUAAAUUUGUACAAACCUUGUGUAGGAGCUGCUGCCACACCAGGCUUGUUAUGUUUACAAUAUUCCUUUGGGUGGGAGACAUUCAUGUUCUGCUUCCAAGAAUUGACAUGAAAUGUAACUUUGAUCUAUACUGGUUUGGAGGGCUGGUGGGCAGUGGUUUAUCCAGCCAGGCUGAAGGUUACUUAAGCCAGCCUGAUGAAGAAUUAGGAUUAUUUAUUUUUAUAGGUUUAAGUGUGUCUCAUAAACCCACUAACAAGAUGCACUUACUAACAGAAGCAGCAGACUAGAGCCUGCAUGCCUGUAUCCUUUGCAUGCCGGGAUUGGCUUGUCUUAUUCUCUGCAGGGGCUUGGAAAGGGGAAGGCAGGAGAGCCCUGGGCUGCCCGGCACUGUGAUGCAUGGCUUUAGUGAACAAAGACAAAACAGCUCCCAGCUCCUGUGCAGCUGUGCUCCCAGCACGACGUGAGAGCCCCUGCAUGGACCUCUCAACUCCACCCUGCCUGGUGCCAAGGAGAGCUCGUGAACCUUUUCCAAGCCCCGUGCCUAUGCUGCUAUCUUAUCUCUUUAGACCUCUUGGUAGAUGGAUGUUCAGGUUUCCAUUGGUGCCGUGGAGGCCCCAAGUCAGGAAUGUCUGCUGUGGGAAGGGGUGUUAGGGAGAGGGGCUGUCACUGGGAGAGGUGAGAUUUCAGUCCUGAAGACAUGCUUGCUUGCCUUUCAAAGGGUGCUUUUCAUAAGGCUAAGGGAAAGAGAUGGCUUUAAAAUUUCUCUGAUAGCAUUAUGGGCUGCUUUAGUUAAUAGGAUCCAGCUUCUGAGGCCUGGGAGAUCCUCACCCAACUUUUCAUUUUGGGUAAAAUGGACCAGCGUUGCAUUCCACUGUUUUACUGCUUAAAGCAUAUUUAUUUUGUAUUUAUUUGAACAGAGUUAUUUCAGACUAUUUUUAUAGGUUUGUUUAAUUAUUGUUACUGUGCUUGUAUUUCUCCUGUUUUAAAAAGUUCUCUAUUAGUUCUUUUACAUCACACAGCUGAGUCGUGGGGAAGGAUGCUAAAGUCACUCGUGUACCUUCCCUCUGGGGCUUGAACUGCCUUUCCCACGUCUGGGUUUGUUGCUGGAGGACCUCAGCCCAGAGAAAUUCUGUAGCAAGAAGCCAUAGGAGAGAAGGGAGCAGAUGAGGAAGCAGAACCUUGGGGAGAGGGUGCACGGUGAGGCUUGCCUUAGCUUGGAAUGGCCUCUGUGCACGGCAGAAGGGCUUUGGGGGAUGGCUGAAGUUGGGAAGUGGAAGGUCUGUGGAUGUUGAAUGUCACAACAGUUAAUUAAGAGAGCCUGGGGGAGUUGUUAGGUAAGGGGGGAAGAGAGAAAUCUCAGGGACUAAAGACAAUACACAUUUCCAGAGAGAUGGAAGGAAACUUGCACUUGGACACGAGCUGCUAGAGUUGUGCUUCAAGGCUGGAUCAGCAGACCCUGCUGCUGAGCCAGUGCUCAUCACAUGCAGGAGGACACUGUGGAGAUGUGUGUGAGAAAUUGGAAAAGGAUUUGCUAGCACUCACACAGCUGCUUUUUCUCUGACGGAUUUUGGUGGUUCACGGAGAGUCUCCCAGGUGAGACUCUGCCUUCACUUUCAGUGCUGUCAGUAGUAGCCACGUGGAAAUCUAAACAACAAUGGAUUAGUGAUACAAUGUUUUUUUCACCCCCCUCUUCCUGAGACCUGUUAUAAAUUCUGCAGUGGCUCCUUCCUACCAGUGUGGCCUAAUGAGAAUAUGAAUAUCAGAAUGCAAAAAUCAAUGCAAAAUGACAACCAUCUUUGUAGCUGUAACCACAAAUUGUUAUAAUGCAAAUCUAACUCGGAUUCUUCAUGUAGGGAACAGUCUGCUAAUAAAGGUCUGAUAAAGAGAUA